CUAGUUACGGAAGCCGGGGGAGGCCUGAGCGCGGUGUCCACCUCGGGGAAGUUAGCGGCGGCAACCGGUGUAGUAAUUAGAAGCGAGAGGUUGCGGCCGUGAUGGCGUCCACGGGAGCUAGCGGCAGCGAUGGGAAAGGACAAGGGGUGGCGAAGUCUGUCACCUAUUAUCGUCUGGAGGAGGUGGCGAAGCGCAACUCCUCGAAGGAGAUAUGGCUGGUGAUCCACGGGCGAGUCUACGAUAUCACCCCUUUCCUUAACGAGCAUCCUGGUGGAGAAGAAGUUUUGCUGGAACAAGCUGGUGCAGAUGCAAGUGAAAGCUUUGAAGAUGUAGGGCACUCCAUUGAUGCCAGAGAAAUGCUGAAGCAGUACUAUAUUGGCGAUGUGCAUCCGAAUGAUCUUAAACCUGAAAGUGGUAGUAAGGAUCCUUCGAAAAAUGACACGUGCAAAAGUUGCUGGUCAUACUGGAUUUUACCCAUCAUAGGCGCUGUUCUCUUAGGCUUCCUAUAUCGUUACUAUACUUCGGAAAGCAAGUCCUCCUGAGGAGAUCUUAUUGAAGUCUGGAAAGUAUAUCCACUUGGGAGUGAGAACUAGAGACUUGUUUGGAGGCUGCAGUGGUGCCCUCUUUCUGAAUCCUACCAGUUGUAUUUUCUCUUUUGGAGCGAGAUGGCUGGCCAGAUACCCACCUCAGACCUGACCCAUGUCUUUCAUCUCUGAGCCUUACUCCUAAGCACCUGCGCAUUAUUCUCAGUCCUUGCCUGAGUUUUCUCUUCUCUCAGUUUUCUUGUGUACCUUUACAUUUCAAAACUUGAGUUUCUAAUUGCCGUCCAUAUUUUUUAGACUAAUUGCCAAUUGUUAAAAUGCUUUCCAAUAUUUUAAGUGCAUACGAGACUUUCUUAACAGGGUAGCACAUUCUUAUCUGUAAGCUUUUUUUGGUCCAUCUUUCUUUUAAAUGAUUAAUAUAGAAUUCUGGCUUAAUUAUUUACCAGUGCAGAUUUAAUUCAUUAAGUGAAGUUGCACAUCUGAUUUAAAAUGCUACUGCCAAAUGACAGUCCAUGUUUCUAUUUGUUAAAACCUUAUGAUCAUAUCCUUCCUUCCAAGUUAGUAUGGCAGGUAGCUCUUGUUUCCAGGUGGUUCAUUCCCAAAAUGCUGGACAAUACUUCUCUUAUUUAUGUGGAGUGGAGAGAAACAGAAGAAGAAAAGAUGAUGAAUUUUGGGGAUAGGGAGAAUUACAUAAUAAUCUUUCUUUUGAGGAAUAUUAGGACAUAAAGCACCAAAGACUCUAGCCUUUGAUACUAGUUUCUAGUGUUCUUCCUCCCCACACCUUUUAUUGCUAAAAAAAAAAAAAAAAACUUGUAAUGAUGUACAGCUGUAUCUGAAAGUGUGAUGCAUUUCUACUUACUGACUAGCAGAAUUCUUAUUCCCUGUUUACAAGAAACUUCAAAUUGACCAGAGAUAGAAUAUUUGACCUUUUGUUUGGCUUGUAAAGUAAAAUGACUUUAUAGAAAAUGACUUUCAAAAGUGGGAGAUGCUGAUAAGAGAUUAUUUCCAUUUUAUCUCUAUUUUACCUCAUGGCUCCAAUUUGCAGUUUUGUUCUGUUUUUCUGUUGAGAAUAAAAGAUACUGAUAGCUUCCCCACCCCA